AUGGCGCUCCCCGGCCGGGCUCUGCUGCGCGUGGCCGCCGAGCAGCUGCUGCGAGGACGAGUCGGGGCGCUGCUCCGGCCGCAGCUCGAAGGGUGCGCCCCCGGCCCGCGGCGCGGCUUCAGCCUCUCUCACAGCCGGGGCACGGUCAUCGUCGAGCGCUGGUGGAAGGUGCCGCUGGCCGGGGAGGGUCGGAAGCCGCGCCUGCACCGGCGGCACCGCGUCUACCGGCUGGUGGAGGACACGAAGCACCGGCCCAAGGAGAACCUGGAGCUCAUCCUCACGCAGUCGGUGGAGGAGCUCGGCGUCCGGGGUGACUUGGUCUCAGUGAAGAAGUCUGUGGGCCGCAACAAGCUUCUUCCCCAAGGACUGGCUGUAUAUGCCUCCCCUGAAAACAGGAAGUCGUUUGAAGAGGAGAAAUUGCUAAGAAAAGAAGGAAAAUUAGAAAAGAUCCAGACCAAGGCUGGUGAGGCGACGGUGAAAUUUCUGAAAAGCUGUCACCUGGAAGUGGGGAUGAAGAACAAUGUCAAAUGGGAGCUAAACCCGGAAAUAGUUGCCCGCCAUUUUCUAAAAAACCUCGGUGUUGUGGUGGCCCCACAUGCAUUAAAGCUACCAGAAGGGCCCAUCACAUGCUGGGGCGAGUAUUGGUGUGAGGUGACGGUAAAUGGGCUGGACACCAUCAGGGUCCCUAUGUCUGUGGUGAACUUUGAGAAGCCUAAGACAAAAAGAUACAAGCGCUGGUUGGCCCAGCAAGCUGCCAAGGAAGCAGCCCCCACCAGCUCCCAGACGAUCUGA